UGUAACUUGUCAUAGUUUCAUCAUUGCCAAUCACUGCUGUGAAUGAACGUUAAUGUUCUUUAUUUGUUAGGCCCUGCAGAGCAAACCAGGAUACAAGAUAGGGGAGCUUUCUGUGCUAACCUUCAGACGAGAAUGUUUGCAGUGCCUUGUUAAGGUGGCUGGGAAACUGCAGGACAAAUCCCCCUUAAAGUUUCCUCUGGUUAGGCACAUUGCAUGCCUUGAUCCCACAAGAAUCUACCAAGAGCCAGAGUGGUGCAUCAAGCAAAUGAAGAGUGUAGUGCAGACAUUUCUUCAGGGCAAGCAAUUGACAGGUGGCAUUCCAGCUGGUGAUGUUAUCAUGCAGCAGUUUGCAUCCUUGACCUCAGUGGAAGGGAGAGCUGAACGUUUCCUGUCCUUCAAACCAAUGAAGGAGCGCCUUGAUGUGUUUCUUUACACAACCCUCAGCAUGCCUUACCCUGACUUACUACGGUUUUGCAAGAGUCUCCUUCUGCUGUCUCAUGGCCAAGCCACUGUUGAAAGAGGAUUUUCAGUCAAUAAAGAGGUGGAGACAUGUAACCUCCAGGCUAACUCGCUGGAAUCACUGCGAUUAGUCUGUGACCAGAUCAGCAGUUGUGGGGGUAUUUUAAAGGUGCCUCUGACAAAGGAGCUCCUUGCCUCUGCUUCAUCUGCAAGAUCUCAGUAUAGACUGUACCUGGAGAAUGAAAGAAAAAUGAAGGAGAGUGCCACACAUGCUCUAAAGAGAAAGGCAGCUGAGGAGGAGCUGUUGGACCUCAGAACCCAGCGUGAGGUACUAAGCAGUGUCUGUGAGUCACUUCAAAAUGAUGCAGACAAGAUGGCCGAGCAGGCUGAGGGAAAGGCUGGGUCCAAAAUGGCCGAACUCAUAACAAAGUCCAACACACUGCGUAGAAGACAUAAAGACAAAACAAAAGAGCUCCGCCAACUGGAAGAAAGGAUUAAGGAGAAGUCAUCACAGCUGAGACUUAUGUGACUGUCUCUUAUUCUUUCCACCACUGUCAUUCCUUUCUUCUGCCAUCAUGGUAGAACGGCACACGCUUAGCACCCUGUAGACCUGCAUUCAAGGUCAGGAAGGGUGCUCUCUCCUUAGCUACAAGGGACAACUGUUACAACUUCCCUCUGUUAAAAUUUAAUUGGGGGAAAUGUUCAAACUGUUAUCUGUUUAUUUGCAUCAACCAAUAAAUACCAAUUGUUACCACUCUGUGCACUUUGGACAGUUUUUGAAUACACAGUGUAAGUUAUUGUUAGAAGUGAUGAAGAUGAUGAAAUCAGCUGUUCCUUAGACAGUAACUAACGACUUUAGUCAGUGUGUGAGAACGUGUGUUUUGUUUAUUAUUGUGUGAGUGUGUGACACUUUAGUUAUUUUUAUGAAUGUUUAUGGCCUUUUUCAAAUGUAAUUUGUACCAUGGCUACCUUGCCCCCCUUCCUUGUUCAAUGUCGUGUAGGUUGUAAAAACUAUAAUAAAGGUAGUAAAAAGGGUAGUAAAAGGUGGUAAAUUCAACUCAAGAAUU